CAGCACGUUGAGUGGUGGGGGCCGGCAGAAGAACUGCCCGAGCGAGGAGCGGCUCUUGGGGUCGGGCCGCACGGUUGUAGCGCCCGCUUUGGGGCCCCCGAGAGGCUGCUGGGCCGGGAUAGCGGCCAGCGGCCACGGGGGGGAAGGGGGUGGGUGGGCUGAGAGCAGCUUGGCGGCGAAGCUGGCCCGCCACCCCUUCCCCCCACCUCCGUCGACCUUGUAGGCAGAAGCUUCCCGGCGCUCCUCACGCCGGCGCGAUGGCUACUGCUGCGGAGGCGGAGGCCUCUCCGCCGACGGACGCGAACUGGGAAAGUGGCGGCGGCGGCGGAGACGACGAGCUGAAGCAGGCGCUUCCGGAGCUUGAGUCCUCCCCACAAAAUGGCGGCGGCCUCAGCGUCGCGGAGCCCGGCGGCGGCGCCGGGCCUGAGGAGACCGCGGCUGCCGAGGCUGCCCCGAGCCUCUGCCACGAGCAGCCUCAGGACUCCUGUGAGGCGGGCGCGGCCGCUCUGCCCAAAGGCCCCGAAGAGCCCGAAAGACCCGUUAGGAGGAGUUUUCAGAUCCCCAGGAAGAGCAGAGAAAAGAAAGCACUUUUUCAGCCAUUAACUCCAGGCUCUCGGGAAUUUGAAGAUGUUUUAAAUAUUCUCCACUCAUCUUACCUUGAACCAACUUCAGUAACAAAUUUUAACUACAGACGUGCUUGCUUGAUACAUAAUGAGCUUUUGGAAAAGGAGUUUACAGAAAAGCGAAGAGAACUGAAGUUUGAUGGUCGUUUAGAUAAAGAACUUUCAGAAUCCUAUGCAUUUCUGAUGGUUGAUCGGUAUCAGGUUCAGAGCAUAUGUGAAAAAGGAUUACAGGUGGGCCAGUCCAAAAUAACAAUUCUUGGCAGUCCUUCCAUGGGUGUCUAUCUUUCUAGGUAUGCUGAUUUAUUACAAGCUAAUCCUUUGGAAGCUGGGGCAGUGGGUGAUGUUGUUAUUUUUAAAAUAAUGAAGGGUAAAAUAAAGAGUAUAUAUGACCCGAUGGGUGUAAAAAGUUUGGAAUCUAUAUUAAAUAAAAGUGCUUUGGACCCAACACCAAAGCAUGAAUGUCAUGUGUCGAAGAAUGCCAAUAGAAUUACAUCACUUUUGGCUUAUAGAGCUUAUGAGCUUACUCAGUAUUAUUUUUAUGAGUAUGGCUUUGAUGAGCUAAGGCGAAGACCGAGACAUGUGUGUCCAUAUGCAGUUGUGUCUUUUACUUAUAAAGAUGAUAUACAAACUCCGAAGUUCGUACCUUCAUCAAGAUCUAACAGCUUUAAUGCAGAUAGAAACUCAGAUAAAUUUAACUACACGUUGUGGAAAGGACAGCUUUUAAAUAAAGGAAAGCUUUUGUGUUAUAUUUCUCUGAGGUCAGCCACUCGUGCUUUUUUGCCUAUCAAGCUUCCUGAGAAGUUAGAUGUUGAAACAGUUAUGAGUAUUGAUCAUCUGAAACAGAAAAUCCCUCCAGCGCUGUUUUAUAAGGAAACUUACUUAGGUCCAUAUGAAGUUUUGAAGAAUGGAAUGUAUUGCAGCCUCUAUGAAGUUGUAGAAAAGACAAGAAUUGGAAGUAACAUGGAAAAUUUGCUGCAAAAACUAGAGAAAGAAAAACUUGUUCUUGUUAAACCUUUGGGAGACCGAGGAUACCUUUUUCUUCUCUCUCCUUGUCAAAUGGUUUCUCCAUAUGAACAUCAUACUGCUAAGUCUCGAGUCUUACAUGCUUUGUUUCUAUUUCAAGAACCUAGAGGCAUAGUUACUUCACAGAAAGGUUCAACCAGUGCAGCACCACAGGAGAGACGUGAGAGCAUACCAGAUGUAUUAAAAAUAACUCAAUUUUUACAGUUUGCUUUGAUUCAGUGUCGAAAGGAAUUCAAAAAUAUAAAUACUAUAAAUUUUCAUUCUGUUGUUGAAAAGUAUGUAAGUGAAUUUUUUAAGCGAGGUUUUGGUUCAGGUAAACGAGAGUUUAUCAUGUUUCCAUAUGAUUCACGAUUAGAUGAUAAAAAAUUUUUAUAUUCAGCUCCAAGAAAUAAAUCCCAUAUUGAUAAUUGUUUGCAUACCUAUAUUUUUCGGCCUGAAAUGUAUCAGUUACCUAUUUAUAAAUUAAAAGAGCUAUUUGAAGAAAAUAGAAAACUUCAACAGUUUAGUCCACUUUCAGAUUAUGAAGCCCAAGAAGAAGAAAUGAAUGGUACAAAAAUGAAAUUCGGAAAACGAAAUAACUCAAGGGGUGAAACUAUUACACCUGGAAAGCAGAAGUCAUCUCACUCUUUGGAUUAUGAUAAGGAUAGAGUCAAAGAAUUGAUUAAUUUAAUUCAGUGUAGGAAAAAAAAUGUGGGUGGGGACUCAGACAAAGAAGAUAUGAGAAGCAAAACUGUCUUGAAGAGGAAGCUUGAGGAUCUACCUGAAAAUAUGAGAAAGCUCGCCAAAACCAGUAAUUUAUCUGAAAAUUGCCAUCUGUAUGAAGAGUCUCCACAGCCUGUUGGCUCACUUGGGCAUGAUGCUGACUUGAGACGGCAGCAGCAGGAUACCUCUAACUCUAGCAUUGCUGACAUCCAUAGGUUGUUUAAUUGGCUAUCAGAAACACUAGCAAAUGCACGUCAUUCUGAUGCAUCCCUGACAGACACAGUCAACAAGGCCUUAGGAUUGAGCUCUGAUGGUGCCUAUGAAGAGAUUAGGCAAAAGCAUGAAUAUGAGUUGAACUCUACCCUGGAUAAGAAAGAAUAUGAGCAGCCUACUGGUGUAAAAAUGGAAAGUGCACAUUUUAAGGAUACUCAGAGCCCACUGCUAGAAGUUGAUACAUCAUCUUUAAAGUAUCCUCUUGCUGUUUCUACCAGUGAAGUAGGCACUGACCAUAAACUACAUUUGAAAGACGAUCCAAAUUUAAUUAGCAUGAGUAAUUUUGAAGAUUGCAGUUUGUGUCCCACUGUUCCCAUUGAACAUGGAUUCCGUAGACAAUCUAAGUCAAAUAAUGUUGAAGAGACUGAAAUACAUUGGAAACUGAUUCCAAUUACAGGAGGGAAUGCAAGAAGCCCAGAAGACCAGCUGGGGAAACAUGGUGAGAAACAAACACCAGGUAUGAAAUCACCAGAAGAACAACUGGUGUGUCUGCCACCACAGGAGGCCUUUCCUAACGACCCCCGGGUAAUAAGUAGACAGAGAAGUUCUGAUUAUCAGUUUCCAUCCUCUCCAUUUACAGACACACUAAAGGGCACCACUGAGGAUGACGUGUUGACAGGUCAGGUGGUGACAGUGGAGGAGCAGUGUGUGCCAGCAGCAGAACCGCCUGCAAUGAGUGAAACCACAGAAAGGACAGUGUUAGGAGAGUACAGUCUCUUUUCUAGGAAGAUAGAAGAGAUUCUGAAGCAGAAGAAUGUUUCAUAUGUCAGCAGAAUUUCCACACCUACCUUUUCAACACAAGAGAAGAUGAAACGGCUUUCUGAGUUCAUAUAUUCUAAGACUUCCAAAGCUGCUGUACAGGAGUUUGUAGAUGGCUUGCAUGAGAAACUAAAUACUGUUAUCAAAGCAUCAGCCAAGGGUGGGAAUAUGCCAGCAGUCAGUCCUAAUGAUUCUGGUACUAAGAUAGCAUUGAGCCCUCUGGGAAGGCAUGUCAUACCAGUUUCCUCAAGCGACUUCAACAAUAAACACCUCCUUGAGCCACUUGGUAGUGAUCCUCUGAAAGACACCAACUCUAAUGAGCAGCCUUCCUCUUCGGCUUCGGGUUUAACUGAAGCAGAAGUGAACCAGCCACACCAUGCCACAGAGCCAGUGGUGACUUCUGAUCAUACUGCCCGGGAACCAGUAGAAAAAGAAACAAAAUCGCCCAGUGAUGUAAACAUUUCUGCCCAACCAGCUCUUUCAAACUUUAUAAGCCAGUUAGAACCUGAAGUAUUUAACAGUUUGGUUAAAAUCAUGAAAGAUGUCCAGAAAAAUACUGUGAAAUUUUAUAUUCAUGAAGAAGAGGAGAGUGUGCUCUGUAAAGAAAUAAAGGAAUAUCUUAUCAAAUUAGGCAAUACAGAGUGUCAUCCAGAACAGUUUUUGGAAAGAAGAUCAAAAUUAGAUAAACUAUUGAUUAUUAUUCAAAAUGAAGACAUUGCAGGUUUCAUUCACAAGGUACCUGGCUUGGUGACUUUAAAGAAGCUUCCUUGUGUUAGUUUUGCUGGUGUUGAUAGUUUGGAUGAUGUUAAAAAUCAUACAUACAAUGAGUUAUUUGUAUCUGGAGGUUUUAUCGUUUCUGAUGAAUCCAUUCUAAAUCCAGAAGUAAUCACAAUUGAGAACCUUAAAAAUUUUUUGACAUUCCUCGAAGAACUUAGUACUCCAGAAGGAAAAUGGCAAUGGAAAGUCCACUGUAAAUUUCAGAAAAAACUAAAGGAACUGGGCAGAUUGAAUGCUAAAGCUCUGAGUCUCUUGACCCUUCUGAAUGUCUAUCAGAAGAAACAUCUGGUUGAAAUUUUGUCAUACCACAACUGUGAUUCACAAACUCGAAAUGCUCCAGAAUUGGAUUGCCUUAUCAGACUUCAGGCUCAAAACAUACAGCAACGACACAUAGUCUUUUUAACAGAAAAGAGUAUCAAGAUGCUUUCCAGUUAUACCGAUAAUGGAAUAGUGGUUGCGACUGCUGAAGACUUUAUGCAAAACUUUAAAAAUCUUGUGGGCUAUCACAACUCAAUCACAGAAGAAAACCUUCCUUUGCUUGGUGCUAAUGAGAAUCUUGAGUCGCAGUCAGCUCUUUUAGAAAACGAUGAAAAGGACGAAGAGGAUAUGUCUCUGGAUUCAGGGGAUGAAAUCUCAAAAAUAGAAGUAUGCAGCAAUUUUCAUUCAGAAAUGUUGGAGAAAGAGACCAAAGGAUCACGUGGAACAGAUCAAAAAAAGAAUAUUCAAAUUGAGUUGCAAUCGUCUCUUGACUUGCAAAAAAGUUUAUUAGAAGAGAAGACUUAUGAAAUUGAUUCUGAAGAGAGAGCUUCUAUUGAUAUAGUAUGCUCUGAAGGAGAGAACAGUAAUUCAGCUGAACAGGAUUCAUAUAGCAACUUUCAGGUUUAUCACAGUCAAUUAAAUAUGUCCCAUCAGUUUAGUCAUUUUAAUGUUCUCACUCAUCAGACAUUUUUGGGGACACCAUAUGCCCUUUCAUCAAGUCAGUCUGAAGAAAGUGAAAAUUACUUUUUAUCUGCUUAUACUCAAAACUUGGAUAGAGAGAAAUCUCCAUUAAGUUGGUGGAAAAGUGAUACUUCCAGGCCGUUUUCAAAAGAGAAAUAAUUACAGUAACUUUUUUUUUUUAAGUAGGUUGUUAUGGACUUUUUCUGUUUCUUAAAAGUGAAUUCACAAUUUAUAUUUCAUUCUCUAAACAAAAGGUUUCUUUUCCUUUCGCAAAUGUUUUUUUUCCUCUUAUUUAAAUCAUGAUGGCCUGUAACAGUUGAAGCAUCUGAAAAUUGAAAUAAAUAUAUAUUUUUAACAUAUUGUACUUGAAUUAUCUCAUAUUGGCACUUUUAAGUUUUACACUUAUGUCAUCUGUACUUUGGCUUCAAAUUGAAGCCUGUUUUAUAUGUAAAACUAGAUAGUUGCAAAAGGAUAGUGAACAAUGGCUUUACAUUUUUUCCCCUCCUCUAAUGUCAAUGAUCCCAGCUACUUUUGCUGAAAUGAUAUAUCAACUGAUGCAUUUGCUACUUUUGCUGAAAUAUCAACUAAUGCAUUUAUUUUAAGCUUUUUGUAUAGUGCUUUUACAAAGGUAUAAGCCAGUGAUGUUAAUAUUUACACGAUUUUGGCUCAAUACCUCAAGAUUUAUUGAACAAAGCCAUUUCAUUUAGAUGAUAAAACUAUGUACCAUAUGGGACUUAGGACGUAACACCAGGCAGCAUUAUUUUUUAUUUUUAGACAACCAUGUAAAAUCACCUGUUGCUAAAAUUUUGGUCAACCUUUGAGAAUAUUUGAUAAUUACAAUUUUCAGUGCUUGUGUGGUCCUUAAACAAAAACCUAUCUUAUCUUUUGAAAUAUGAAACUGAAUUUGGUUAUUAAAGGCAUUAAACAAUUUGAAAUAAACUUUGCUGUAGAUUUUAAAAUUGUUAGAAAAAUGUAAGUAUAUUUUUCAGGUGGUAAGCACUUAAGUGCUAUAUACUAAAGCUAACUUUUUAAAUUCACAGAUAAAAGUACAUGGUGAAGAUAAAUUUUAAAUCCACAUGUAUUGCUAAUAACUGCCUCUCCAUUACUAAUACAAACUUGUAAAUGUUUUUGAAAACUGUAGUUUCUACAAUAAAAGAAGUCAUUAAAAAAAGGACUUAAAAAAAUUUCCAUGUAAGCCUAAACUGAAUCUGGGCUAUUUUAGUAAAAGUAAGUAUGUCAGACCUUCCUUUGGCACCUCCAAAGAACUUUGAGUUCUACUCUUUAAAAUCUUUUUAUAGAGCAAAAUAUCUAAGUGAUAUUUUAAUAAGCUACAUGUAAAAAGUGUGGAAGAACACUGUAAACUCCAGACUGUGUUAAGGUAAGUAGAUCAAUACCUCAAUACCCACAUUGUGAUGAGCAGAAAAAAAAUUUUUUUUUUUUACUACUUUUUUACAAGUGUCUUGUUUUAUUGUUUUUUAAAAAAUAUAUAUACACACAUACUUUACUACAUAAUGUACAAGUUUUAAAUAAGCAUUUUAAAAAGAAAUCUAGGCUAUUUGAUAAAUACAGUUAAGCAACAACCAAUCUCACAUUUCAUAAUUUGGAAGACAAAUCAAAUGUAAAGGAUUUGAUUUUCUACAUUUAAAACGAAGAACUAAAAUUCUCUUCUUGAUUUGCAGCUAAAGGCAUGAGAUUAGUUUCCAACUCUCUUUGCUUCUGGAGAAGGCCCUGAAAUCGUAUUGAUAUGUUAGUACGGUGUGCAGCAGAUGGGCAAAUUAUUCCUAUUUUACCUUUCUCUCUUGUUAAUACAGAACUAUAUUUACUUUGAAAACACGUAUUACGCUCAGUUACUUUGUCAUGUUCAACUCAAGAAUUUUCGAUUUUUACACCAGACUUUCUCACUUGGAUACUGUGCAGCUAUCACACAUUUGUAAGAUUAUAUUUUUAGCCAUACAACCAAUAGAAAUGACCUUUCUUAAAACCAUGUCUCCUAACUGUGGGGCUGAACACCACCUCUUUCCUUUUCCCUAAAUGCUCUUAAAAUGGUCAUAAGUCUCCCUUUAACCAUCCAGUGUUUAUCUUGACUGCAUUAACCUUAGUGGCUAGUUAGUACAAGGCCCUGCUGAAGUAAGAUAUGGUCACUAAGGUGUAUACAUCACAUUCCUUUCUCUUAAGCUACAACUUCUGUCUCUACUAAGCUAGAAUAUACCUUGUCACUUUAAAAAGAGGUUUAAGUAAAAUCUUCACUGUGUGAAUUACCAAGCUUGAGUUACAAAAUUCAAUCCACAUGUAACCAAAGCUACAGCAUUUAAAAAACUAAGGGACACUUUAUAAUCCUGGGUUAGUGGGGGUGAUUUUCUAGUCCUAUAGAUCAACAAUUUGAAAUGCAGGAGGCAUUCAUAAAUGACUGGACAUGGAAAAGGGUAAUCCUAAAACUACAGUUUAUUUUCCCCAAAUACACAAAGUAUACUGUGAAUCAAAGCUAAUCGCAAAACCAGUUUUGCAAGUCUUUUUUUUUUUUUUAA